CGGCAGACCUCGGGCUGGAGGUUAGAUCAAGACCUGCAGGAGUUCUGGACACAGCCGGACCCAGUGGGACUUUACACGGACAGACAUACAGUACUACAUUAUUAUAUAUACUGAUUUUGGAUCAUCUCCAACCUGAUUACUGAAAUAAUGAAGUCUCCAAAGCUGCAACCUCAAGCCAAGUUGGUGAACGAGGAUCUGAGCGACGCGCUGUGCGAGUUCGACGCGGUGAUGGAGGACUUCACGUCCCCGGUGGAGAAGCGACAUUUCCGGUACGACGAACACCUCAAGACCAUGAAGAGGAGGAGCAGCGCGAGCGUCAGCGACAGCGGCAUCAGCGACUCCGAGAGUGCAGAGUCGCUCAACAGAAACAGCUUCAGCUUCAGCGAUGAGAGGCUGAACUCCCCCACCGUGCUCUCCCCUGCCACUAACUCACCUCCUCUUAUGUCACCAAAACCUAAACUGGGCGACACUAAGGAACUGGAGGACUUCAUUGCAGACCUUGACAGGACAUUAGAGGGCAUGUGACAGGGAGGCUCACAGUCAUCUUGGAGUGAAGCCAUGAGGGAGUGCAUGUCUGGACCCCCGUCGAGCGGCUAGCAUGCGCUCGGCCCCCACCCCCGUGCAGAAAAACCACCCAACAGGAUGCAGCUGGAUGGCACAGCAUACUUCCAAAGUGGCUCCACCACGGCUUCAUGUCUAGCCCAUCCCUCUCCUAAAGUUAACCCAGCUCUACUAACUCCAGGCCACCUGGCUGCUGGGCUGUAAGGACUGCAAGAAGUGUCAAAAAUGAUUCUAGGGAACCUGAGGACAAGAUUAUGUAAUGGACACCAUGAAAAGUCACUGGGGAAAUGUAUUGUCAGAUUCACAAACCACAACAAAGGCCAGGCUCCCCUCCCUCAUCCAAAACCUGAGCUGGAAGAGUAUUUAAAAAAUGGCUUUUUAUAAUUGAAAUAUAUUUGUAAUUUUAUAGAGCUUCUUUUUUUGGGGAAAUAUAUUUUUGUAUCUCAUGUAAAUAAUAAUGGCUUGGUAUUAACAGGACUGUCAGAUCACAAUUGUUUUGACACUCGUUGACUGGAAUAAAGUUACAUGCUUGAAUGUGAACUGAAAACUGGAAAGCAAUGUAUGUCUAUUUAUUACAGCUAAUGCCUGCCAGAGAUUAUAUUAAAAUAUUGAAUGUUGUUCUUUUAGUAA